AUGCGAGGAGACAACGAGGCUGUUGGGAGUCCCUCAGGGCACCAGGCGGGAACCGACGGGCUGGUGUUGGUGAUGGAGAUGAGGCUGAGGGCGUUGGAAGGGCAGCUGGAGGAGACACGGAGGGGACUGGAGGAGGCUGAGAGGUGCAGGGCAGAGGAGCUGUUAUUCAUGAAAGGGGAAAUGCUAACAGUAAGAGGGGAGCUGGUUGCAGUAAGGGGGGAACUGGUUGCAGUAAAGGGGGAGCUGGUGACAAGAAGGGGGGAGCUGGCAACAGUAAGAGGGGAGCUGAUGACAAUAAAGGGGGAGCUAGUGACAGUAAGGGGGGAGCUGGCGUUGGCAAGGGGGGAGCUGACGACUGUGAGUGGGGAGUUGGAGGCGUUGAAAAAUGGUUUGUUCCUAUCAGCACUGGAGUGGUUGGAUUUCUCUGGCUCAGAAUUGACCAAGAAGGGUCUGAAGCUUCUUCGAAGGCUACCUCGUUUGAGGCAGGUUAAAGCGGAUGUGGAUGGCUUUCGGACGCUGCUGAAUACCAUUCUUCCUGGAGUGGCAGUGAGUGGUGAUCUUCUGCCCGGCGUAGUUGCUGGUGAUUGA